AUGUUUAUCAUUAAUUUUUAUUCUAAUAUAUAUAUAUUUUUUUGCAGAGUCAACAUUGGUCUGUUUUGCUCCACUCCUGGCGUUGCACUGGCUCGUGCUGUGCCAAGAAAAGUUGCCAUGCAAAUGUUACUAACCGGUUAUCCAAUCAGCGCUGAUGGUAAAACACAUUGCUGCACUUUUAACAAAUUGAUAAUAGUCAUGUUUACACACCACCAGAAAAGCAAAUUUCCACAUAGUUGUUUUUGCCAUACAUUUAUCGUGGUGUUUGACAUACAGAAGUAAAAGCGGUCACACUUAAGUUCAUUCUGUUGACCUGUGCUAUGUUUAUUAUACCGAUUUUGCAGAGGCCCUAAAGCAUGGUCUCCUUAGCAAGGUCGUACCAGAGGAAAGUUUGGAUGAAGAAGUCAAUGCAAUCGCAGAGAAAAUUGCCUCUUCAAGCCAGCCUGUUGUUGCCAUGGGGAAAGCGGGUUUCUACUCCCAAGUGUCAAAGGCUAGAGACCAGGCUUAUGUGUAAGUACAUCCGUGAACACUAACAGUCAGCUUACCAUCGUGCAACUAGUUCAUUCACCGUGAUAAAAAAAUUACAUUUCUUAAGAACCAUGUUUGAACGUGGACAUUCAGUCUUAAAUUUUGGGGCAAUUUGUGUGGGGAUGAAAAACAGAACUAGUGCGAUCUUGUAAUGUAGAUGUUAGAUAGAGCAAACGAUGAUGAUUAUGACGACGGAGAUGUCGAUGUUGAUGGUGAUGGUGAUGGGAUUCGCGAUAAUGAUGAUGAUGAUGAUGACGAUGAUUGAUGAAGACGACAGUGGUGGUUGUGUCGGGGUUGGUGGUAAUGGUAUGAUGAUGGUCAUGACGAUUGUGACAAUGUUAAUGACAAUAAUAAUGUGAACAUAUUUCUAUUUUUAAUUAAAGAAGAAGGAGAAUUCAAACACUCUCUUAAACGUACGUGUAACUUUGCAGGGAUAAUUCACUCUGACGGAACGCUUGCAUUCAAUACAUCAGCUCUUGAAUCCCCUCACCUUGCGAAACCUAGGCUUGUUUUUCGCUCUCCUACCAGCCCUGUACCCCCAUUUUCUUAAAAUAUAACAUUUUCCCCUUCUUUUACAGAGAGGCCGAGGCAGUGAUGGUUGAGAACCUUGAGCUACACGAUGGACAAGAAGGAAUCAAGGCUUUUCUGGAGAAACGCAAACCCACUUGGACAAACACGACUGACUGUCACUAG